AUGGGUGAUAAAACUGUGAUUAGAUUAGCCGCGCAAAAGCAGAGAUACAGGAGGGUGAUAGCGUUCAUAUGCGGGCUCAUCGUAAUCAUUUUGAUGAUUAUGGGCCUGGCGUCGACUGACUGGCUGAUGGCGGCUGGAUGGAGACAAGGUCUCUUUAUGCACUGCAUAGAAGAGGACGCACCACAACCCCUACCCUUUAGUAUACAGGACCCUGCUGGAUGUUACCAGUCUAGAGAUGCAGGUUAUAUAAAAGCUGCAGCAGCCCUUUGCGUAAUAACCCUUUUGACAGACCUUGUAGCAACCGUUCUUACAGGCCUAGGAUUAGGAACUAAAGAUCACCAUACGAAAUACAAGUACUACAGAUUUGCUGUUAUCGUUAUGGGAUUGGCGUUGGUGUCCAUCCUCAUAGCGCUCAUUAUAUACCCUGUAUGUUUUGCAGCAGAACUCAACUUGGGUAACAGAACCAUAUGGGAGUUCGGCUGGGCAUACGGAGUAGGCUGGGGAGCAGCCAUCUUUCUCUUCGGAGCAGUCAUCUUACUGAUGUGCGACAAGGAGAGCGAAGAGAUCUACUACAAAGAAAGGAAAAUCGUGCACGAUAACGAUUCGCGUGCCUAG